UUGUUUCUUACAUCUCGUAGAACAAAAUUAAUUGACUUUUGUUAUAGGAAAGAUUAAACAUGUAUGAAAUAAAGCAAGAAAAUCACAGAGGUGUUACUACACAGGAAGGAUUGCUCCAACUACGUAAUGAUCCCCCAAAUACAAAACUUGAGAAAAAUAAUCAUGGAGGUGUUACUACAGAAGAAACAUCGUUCCAACACUAUUAUGUUCUUCCAAAUUUGGAACUUGAGCAAAAAAAUCAUGGAGGUGUUACCAUAGGAGGUGUUACUACAAAGGAAGGAUCGUCUCAACUCCGUAAUGAUCCCCCAAAUUCAAAACUUGAGCAAAAAAAUUAUGAAGGUGUUACUACAGAGGAAACAUCGUUCCAGCACCAUUAUGUUCUUCCAAAUUUGGAACUUGAGCAAGCAGAUUUGAUAAGUUUUACUGCAGAAGAAUAUUCAUUCCUCCAUAAUAUUGUCUUGAAUCAUGAACUUGAGCAAGAAAAUCAUGGAGAUGUUACUACAAAGGAAGGAUCGUCUCAACUCCGUAAUGAUCCCCCAAAUACAAAAUUUGAGCAGGGAUAUGUUCAGGAUUUUUCGCAAUCAAAUUCUUUAUUCGACCCUGAUAACGGUGAUCAGAAGUAG